AUGGCAACAAAGCAGCAACAUGGGUUGUCAGCGGGUUGGAAAUGGCGCCUGGCAAAUGCGAACGGCAUAACGAAAGCAGAUGACAUUCCAGAUCUCAGGUCUUGGUCUCCGGUCACCGCUUUCCCAUCCGUGGUCCAAAUGGAACUCCUGGCAAAGAAGAUUAUUCCGGAUCCAAAUGUCGGCGAGAAUGAGCGGCAGAUCCAGUGGGUUGGGGGAAUGGACUGGGAAUAUUCGUGCUCUUUCCCGACACCGAAGGGUCUAGACAACUCCAGCAUUGCUGAUUUGGUAUUUGAGGGUCUGGAUACGUUUGCAACUGUCUCCCUGAACGGCAAUGAGAUCCUCAAAUCCGACAACAUGUUUAUUCCACAUCGAGUGGAUGUGACAGGUCAGCUGAAGCCCGAGGGGCAUGACAAUGAGCUUUCUAUACUCUUCGAGAGUGCCCUGAAGAAAGGAAGUGAAUUGGAGGCAAAGUUCGGACCUAGAAAGCAAGUGAUUCGAGACAAAAGGAGAAGCCACAUUCGGAAAGCACAGUAUCACUGGGGCUGGGACUGGGGUCCCAUAUUAGUGACGGCAGGACCAUACAUGCCGAUUCAUCUGGAAACGUACUCUGCCAGGAUCGACGAUAUCUACAUUACUACGGCCCUAGCAGAGGAUCACUCAACUGCCACGCUCACAAUUGCAGUGCAGGCAGUAGGACCCCCUGCCAAGGUAGUCAAAGUCAGCAUUCUCGAUCAAGCCCUUUCACAAGUGUCCAAUGAGCUUACCAUCACCUUGGACGAUUCGAAAAAAGGUUCCGCUACGGUCACCUUACCAGAACCCAAGCUGUGGUGGCCUAAUGGUCAAGGCGCACAGCAUUUAUACAAUGUUUCGGUAUCUCUUCUGGACGAAUCCUCGAGCAAGCUUGAUGCAAGAACGAUGCGAUAUGGCAUCCGGACUAUCAAAGUGAUUCAACGCCCUCUCGACAAUGCUCCCGGCAAGACAUUCCUCUUCAACGUCAAUGGCCGCGAUAUCUUCUCCCAGGGAGGCAACUGGAUCCCUGGGGACAGUCUGUUGCCUACUAUGACACGCGAAAGAUACUUUGACUGGGUUCGGCUCUCUAAGUACCACCACCUCAAUAUGAUUCGGGUCUGGGGAGGCGGCAUUUACGAGACAGAAGAUUUCUUCGAUGCCUGCGACGAAAUGGGCAUGCUAGUGUGGCACGAUUAUGCAUUUGCUUGCGGGGACUAUCCAGUCCACAAGGAAUUUCUGGACAGCGUCAAAGCUGAGGCUGAAGCUCAGACCAUUCGAAUGCGCAACCGCGCCUCACUAGCGCUCCUGUGUGGCGACAACGAAGAUUUCGGGAUCCAGGACUUCUUUGGGGAGCCGUACGAUUUUAAGGAUCACGUAGGGCCCUUUGAAGAUAGCACUUUCCCUGCACGGAAGAUCUUCCUCGACCUUCUCCCCAAGCUCUGCGAGAGUCUGUGUCCGGCGAUCCAAUACUGGCCGUCAUCCCCUUGGGGCGAGGAGGGUGCAAAUGCCAGUGAUACUACAUUCGGCGACCUUCACCAGUGGGCUGUGUGGCACGGACCACAGGAUGCUUACCAGAAAUAUGGAGAACUUUCCGGUCGGUUUGUCUCCGAAUUUGGUAUGCACGGUUUCCCGAUCAUGCGAACGGUUGAUGUUUUUGCGCCUGAUCCAAAGGACCGCCAUCCCCAGUCUCGCAUCAUCGACUGCCACAACAAAGGGCACGGCGCGGAGACACGCAUCGCUCGAUAUUUGUCCGAGAACUUCCGUUAUGAUAUGAAGCUCGAGAAUUUCGCAUACUGCUCGCAACUCUUGCAGAGCGAGGCAUACGGCUAUGCAUUGCGAGACUGGAAGCGGAAGUUUGGGGGCAAAGGUAAAGAGGAGUGCGCAGGUGCAAUUAUCUGGCAGCUGAAUGAUGUCUACCCGGUUACAAGCUGGGCAUACAUUGACUAUUAUCUCCGUCCGAAACCUGCCUUCUAUACGAUUCGACGAAACUUUGCCCCAGUCAGCGUUGGCAUUGAGCGCACACCUCGUUCUCGUUGGAUAAACGAAGACAAGCCACAGGAUUCAUACGUCCCAAAUUUCGCCCUCUUUGCUCAUAAUACCACGCCGGACGAAGUCAAGUGCACUCUAGAACUGAGAGCAUACGACCUCCAUAGUGGAAAAGAUGCUGAACUGGACUGGACAGGGGUGAGCUCCGACGUGACUUUGUCAGCCGGUCACAAUACCGAGCUUGGGAAACUCCAGCCACACGCGUCGUGGACCGAGGAAAGCCUGAUUAUUCUGGAUGCGAGCCUUGUCGAACCAUUGAGCAAGAAGGUGCUAGCAAGAUUCACUGAUUGGCCAGAGCCGUACCGGUACCUGCAAUGGCCUGUCGACACGAAAGUGACGGUUUCCGUUGAGAGCACGAAGGAGGAUCAGACCAAUAGCGACAUCAACGCUACGCACUUUGAGGAUUUGGUGACAGUUACGGCUAAUCAGCCAAUCAAGGGCUGUUGGCUUGAGCCUCUGUACGACGGGAAUGAAAAAGAUGACGAACCAGAACCGCUGUGGGAAGAUAACAUGUUCGAUCUACUGCCAGAACGGGAGGUCAAGGUGGCAGUCAAAGGUCUCCGGGGAAGGAAGGUCAAUGUGCGAUUCCUGGCGGAUUGGGAAGUUGGGCCUGCAAAGGCACAUCUUUGA